AUGUUCCUUAGAAUAUCGUCGAAUAUCGCUGGAGAUAUAGACAUAAUGAUGUUCAGGAGAUUCUCACGACACUUUGCUACAAAUAUAAGCGUACAUGAUCGAAAUGCAUCGAUUAGAAGAGAUGUGAAAACUAACAUAAAGGCUAAACUUGACUAUUUUGUGCAGUCUAAUCAGAUAGUUAGGUAUAGCCCAAAGGAGAUAGAAAGGAAGAUGAAGAAGUCGAGUAAAUUUCAAAAGUCACAGCCAAGUAGCUUUAGUGCAAGUCAGAAAGCAUUAGUCGUAUUGAGAACUAGGUACGAUAAUCAUAUUUUUCAGAAUAGAAAUGGAACUAAUAUUAAUCUCGACACGUUAAGCCCUAAUGAUUUGAAUGUACAAUCUCCGUUGUCGAAAGUAAUAUUUGAAAACCUAUUGAGAAUCAGAAAGAUGGCCAAGAUUCCUAUAGACGAAAGAUUAUGGAUACUUCUCGGUACGAACCGUAACCAAAUACAAGAUCCCUAUUUAGUCACAGAGGAUGUAUUAAAAUUGCUUGAGAGAGAUCAAGAUACUGAGAGAGCAACUUAUCUAUGUCGACUUGCUGGUUCGAGGAAUGGGACUGUGGGUAUGAAUGCAAUUUUGCAAUGGUUAUUGGAAAGAGGUAAAGUUGACCUUGCGCUCAGAAGCUUUAAUGAUAGAAAAAAGUGGAACUUGGCUCCAAACACUCAGACUUAUGUUAUCUUGUUUGGUGGGAUCGCUAAGACACAACAAUGGGGUCAAUCUUCGAAAGUACUUUGUGAACGUUGUAUAGAACUUUUCCAGAGUUUGAAGGAAGGAAAUAAAUCGGAUUGCUCAAUUGAGCAGUUCAAUGCAUGUUUGGGCUUAUUAGUCAAAAAUUUUGAUGAUGGUCAAUAUCUAGCUUGGUCCUUUUUCGAUGAGUUAAUCCCUAAACCCGAUCUGCAUGAUAAAAAAUUGAUACCAGAUAGAUAUACGUUCACUAUCUUUUUAAAUGGGAUUAAAAAAUAUCAUUUUCAUAUGGCUGAAAACAUUAAAAUGGAUAGAGAACUAUCUACUGAGGCAAAAACACUAAAGUUGUUAGAAAACCAAUCGAAGUUGAUAUCCACCGCACAAGAAGUUCUAUUGAAAGUCAUAGACUCGGCCACUCCACCUUCUCCACCCACGAAGAAUGAAGCAGAGGCUAAUCCCGAAGUGUUACGAGCUUAUCGUGAAAAGAUAAAGAUUCCUUUGCUAGAGAUAGACUCAAAUUUCGUUAGUGUUUUCAUUUCUUGUUUCAUAAACCACUCAUGCGGGACUGGAUCUAGUACAAGCCUGGCUUCUCACUAUAUAUAUGCUCAACGGGGUCUCGAAUAUCUUCAAAUAUGGUGUCCCGAAAUAAGAGAAGUGCUUCAAUAUGCUGAGAGAGCGAAGAGCUCUAGUUUGAAUUCUUUAGUCAAGAGUACUGAUAUUCGAGUUAAGAAAGCAAUUACCGCCUAUGAGGACAAAGCACUUGGCUCAAAUCUCAUCGAUGCUAAGUUGGAUGAAAUUAUACCUACAUUCUCUUCUUUAGAAAGCAAGAAGAUUAAUCCUUUGGUGAUUUUCCCACCACCACCUCAGACUACAAAGAAAACAAGGGCAAUAUUUAACGGCAAAAAGAAACCGCUAGUUGACUUUUCACGUCCUCUAAACUCAGAGCUCAAAGAACUUAAGCUUGAUAGAAUUUUCAAGCGCUCAAAGGGCAAGUUGGGAAAACAAAUGAAUAAAGAAGUGCAAAAAAAGUUUGAGGAAAAGACCGCUGUGAAUAAAUUCUUGAUUUCCCUAACUAUGAAUGGCUUGAUUGAAAUGGGUAAAUAUGAGGAAUUCAUUGUUUCUGUAUGGUAUAUGUUAAAGCGAUGGGGAGGUAUGAAUGCAGAUACCGAAAUGAUUCUUAAAAGAAUAAAUGAAGCUGGAUUGUUUUCAGAUUUGCUACAAGAAGAACCUCCAAAGUGGAAUCGUGACUUGAAAAUAACAAGAAAAUUUAAUGAGCAGCAGAAUAAUGGAAACUUGAUUGACAUUAUGUUGAUUGAAGACGUAAUCUACAAGAUCAAUGACAGUAUAAGACAAAGUGGGAGAACAGGAACAACUUUGGCUUUGGAACUUUUGUCUACACUUGUUAAAGAGAAUGCAGUUACUGAUAUAGGUUUGGCACCGAGGUACAAGACGUUUGAUGUAAUAUUUUCAUGCUUGGUAACCGACAUUCACUAUUUCAAGGAUUACAAUGAAAAUCAACUAACAGUUAAGAAUAAAAGAAGAGGCGUUCCUGAUAAUACACCUCGUAAAUCAAUCAAUGAAGGUGAAUUGAGGACUUUUUUGAAUAAUCUUAACGUACUUAUGGACUGUGUCUUAGUUAACGAAAGUCAAAUCGCAGUACAGAAGAAGUACUUGAUUCCCAAUUCAUUUGUUCUUUCUUAUAAUAGACUUAUCGAGAGACUUUAUAAUACCACAUGGUUAGAUGUUUCUCCUGAGCUGAAAUUAAAAUAUCAUAAGCAAGUAAUUAGGUCUGGAAUACUCUUAUAUAAGACCGAAAGCCUUGUCAACCCUAAUGAGCCUUACAAGUAUUCAUUACCUAUUUUACAAUCAAUUGAGUACGUUUAUAACACUCUUAAGGUGUCGCAAGAAUUAUCUACAAACGACAGAAAGUUAAUGAAAUCAUUGAAAAGGCUUUUCCAGCUAGAUUCUCAUGAUCCUUCUUCGUUGGAGAAGCUUGAAUCAAUCAAUUUUAGCAUUUACUCCCACCUUAGCUGCAAAAUAUAG